CCGCGAAAAUUAAAGCUUUGUUCUUUUCCGGGCAGUCGGCCUGGGUCCGGGAUGGCUGGGACCCCGGCCACGGCCUUUGUCCAGCCGGUCCCGGCUAGGUGGCAUGCAGUGGCCUCUCCCAGAGCUUCAACCUCAGGUUCUCUUCGAGGCUUUGGCUGCGCGCCUCGCUCUGCUCUUCGUGCUGUUCCUGCCAAGUGGCUCGCCGCCGGCGGCGCCGUGGCCGCCACCUCCGUGGCGGUGGCCAGACACCAAAGGCGGCAUCGAAAGAAAGGCCUGCAGCUUCCUUUCGAGCCCUCACUGCCACAGGUGAUCCGUGUCCUGCGGCGAGUUGACCCCGCCCUGGGGAAUCUCGCGCAGACGGUGUCGGAGGUCUGGGGCCUCCUCCAGACUGAGCUGGUGGAGAUGCGAGGGGGAGACGAAGAAACGGUGCAGAGGACGGGUGCCUUGCUGGUGCACCUCUUCGCUUUGGGCCGGCUGAAGGCCCAGCAGGGCUCCGGCUUCCAGCUGCCCCAGGCCGAGGUGCCGCUGGUGUCGGACCUGGCACGGCUGUCGGAAGCGCAGCGCCUGGUGCGCUUCGCAGUGGCCUCCUAUGGGGCGAACCUGCUGGCGCUGGUGGGGCUUCUGCAGUUCCGGGAUGCUUGGCCGCCGGCAGGGCCGGGCCGCGAUGGAGCCGCCGCCGCGCGCUUCUUGAAGCUGCCGUCUGAGCGAUUCCUCGCGCGGGGGAAGAAGACCCCGAGGAAGCACCACCGCUCUGGCGCUGCUUUCAGACCUUGGUGGGUGCUCUUCCAGGAUGACAAUGAUUUGGUUCUUUCCAUCCGUGGUUCAGCAAACAUGGACGACAUCGCCACAGACCUGGCCUGUGCCAACUGCGAGUUCCUCCAUGGUCACGCCCACGAGGGCAUGGCUGGCGCUGUGACAGCCGUCUGGGACGAAGCUGGUCCGGCUGUCACCAAAGCCCUCGAGUCAGGGCCCUACAAGCGCUUCAUCGUGUGUGGGCACAGCCUUGGCGGCUCGGUGAGCCUCUUGCUGGGCAUGAAGCUGCGGGCCGAGGCCCUGCUGCCGGUGGAGGUGCGGGCCUUCGCAGCGGGGCCACCGCCAGCCUUCCAGGGGCCCAAGCAGCCAGGACUGGAAAGUGGGCUGAUCUCGGUCAUCAACAGAUUCGACCCAGUCCCACACCUUUCCCUGGACGCUGCGCUCCGAAUGGUGUUGGCAGCAGAGCGGCUGGCAGAAGCAGGCAUGUCCUGGUCGCAGACCCUCGGCAUUCUGGUCGGCGGAGAGGUGGACGACCCCAAGUUCGAGGACUUGAUUGCAAAGAUCCCGCAGCAGCGGGCCUCCCUGCGAAUCCCCGGGGAGGCCAUCUGGCUUGUGGAUGCUUGUGCUGGACGGCUCAUUCUGCCCAUCGAUUUGAGUGGCAGGCUCGAUGAGUUUUGCCGCGAGCUGCCGGAAAUCACGGUCGCGCAGUCUGCCCUCGACCACGUGAUGUCCACUUACGUUUACAACAUGGACAAGGCCGCGGACCGCCUCAAGUUGGAAGCCGGCAAGCUGGAAGCAUGAGCGCGCGCUCAGAGGAUCCGGCGAGUUUGAGAAGUCGCGUCAUUCCGCAUGUGAGGUUCGUAGUUGGGGCCUAUGCUGGUGGAGCCACGGAUGGGCGUUGCUCCGGCUUUUCACGCUACGUGCUGGCAGUUGUUUCGUCUGCCGGCAAGAUAUCGCUAUACAUAUUUACAAAUAUGGUAUCCCCCUCCCCAAAACAAAAC